AUGACCUCCCGCCUCGUCCUCGUCAUUGGAGACCUACACAUCCCAGACAGAGCAAUCGACAUACCUCCAAAGUUCAAGAAGCUUCUCACGCCUGGCAAGAUUGGUCAAACACUCUGCUUAGGCAACCUCACCGACAAGCCCACCUACGAAUACCUACGUUCCAUUUCCCCCGACCUCAAAAUUGUUAAAGGCCGCUUCGAUGCUGAAGCCACAUCGCUGCCGCUCUCGCAGGUUGUAACACACGGUUCACUGCGAAUUGGCUUUCUCGAGGGCUUCACGAUGGUUGCGCCUAUGGAAACAGACCUCAUGCUCGCAGAGGCGAAUAAGCUGGAUGUAGAUGUGCUCUGCUGGGGUGGAACACAUAGAUUUGAUGCAUUUGAGUUUGAAAAUAAGUUCUUCGUGAACCCAGGCAGUGCGACAGGUGCUUUUAGCACAGGGUGGGUAGGAGAUGGGGAGGAGAUAGUACCUAGUUUUUGCUUGAUGGAUGUGCAAGGAAUUGGUCUGACACUCUACGUUUACCAGCUGAGGAAGGACUCUAACGGGGUUGAGAGUGUGAACGUGGAAAAGAUUACAUAUACCAAGGUUGUAGGAGGAUCAUGA